CUCACCCAUCGAAUUCGCACUCUUACCCCUGUCGCCGCCUCACCCUCGCCCUCGUCGCCGCCGUUCUCCGCCUCUCUCCUUCUCCCUCCCUCGGCGCCGCGGCCUAAUCACCUCUUCCUCUUCUAGGGUUUACUCCUCUCUCCGGGUUCGAUCUCCUCCCCAAAUCCCUAAAACCAUCUCUCCCUAUAUCCCCUCGCGAUCCCGAACGAUCCACAAGGAUCCAAACCCUAGAAAUUCUUAGUUCCUGUGAGCGCAUAAUUUCAUAUCGUUGUUUCGUCUCAGAAAAUUCCACCUAUCUCUCUGAUCUCUCGGACUUUCGAAGAUCGAGGUGGAAACCUUUCGGAGUUACACGUUGUAUCUUUGGGAAUUCUCUGAUUUGUGUACUUGAUUAGCAGUGUAUUUGGGUGACCCAGAUGGAAGGAAAACCCUACAACAGUAGACGUGUGUUGUAUGAUCCGGAUAAACGAUCAGCAGAAACAGAAGAGGCAUUUUCGGAUUCCUUGGCUGAUGACUCUGGGGACUUUCGGUUGCCCAUUGAUCAUAGGCCCACCGAAAACCUUGAUACUGAUGAUUUGGAGCAGGCAUCUUUGGAUACACAAUUAACAUCGUCCAACGUAGGUUUCCGGCUUCUGCAGAAGAUGGGUUGGAAAGGCAAAGGCCUUGGCAAAAAUGAACAAGGUAUUGUUGAGCCAAUAAAAGCAGGUAUUAGGGACCCAAAACUGGGUGUUGGGAAACAAGAAGAAGACGAUUUUUUUACUGCUGAGGAAAAUGUGCAAAGAAAGAAACUAGAAGUUGAACACGCGGAGACAGAAGAACAUGUAAAAAAGCGUGAGGUAUGUCAAAAACAAAGCCCAGUUUUCAUCAAAAGAGUAAAUAUAUUAGAUGCUUUGAGGUUGAUGCUUGACACUUUUAAAACCCUACAUCUAGUAGUAGGCAGCAUCAACUAUUCGAGGAUUCUUGAGAAUUUCGUGCACUUUUUAUUAUCUGGUCGGCUUCUACUGCCUGGUUCGUGCCAAUCAUUGACAAUCCAGGUCAUAGCAGAGCGCGAGCACAAAAUCCAAACCGAGGUCAAGGAAAUACAGAAGGUGUUCUUUUGUAAUCUGUGCAACAAGCAGUACAAAUUGGCGAUAGAAUUCGAAAGUCAUUUGAGUUCAUAUGAUCACAACCACAGAAAGAGGUUUAAGGAAAUGAGAGAAAUGCAUGGUAGCAGCAGCCGUGAUGAUAGGCAGAAACGGGAACAAUUACGUGAAGAGAAGGAAAUGGCCAAAUUUGCCCAAAUGGCGGAUGCACAUAAAAGACAGCAACAGCAGCAAGAACAGUCAGAGGUCUCUGCAGAACCAGCUGUUCCCCCUAGGAACGCUAAUACACUUGUCGAUCAGGAUCAACGGCAGGCGUUGAAGUUUGGUUUCUCUAGGGUUGGCCCGUCCAAGAAAUCUUCAGUGGGCAGCGGCAGCAAGAAGCCAAAGAUUGCUGCCACAGUAUCCUCAAUCUUUGGAAAUGUCAGCGAUGAGGAUUCAUGAUCUUCUUUCUCUGGAUAAGCAUUAUGAAGCAACAGUUUCUCUUUGUAGAACACGGCUUGUGUGUGUGUGUUUAUUUGACAUUUGCUUGCCAUGUCUGAAACAUGCUCAUACAUACAUCUCUCUAAAAUGGUGAAUCUGUGCAAUUUGGCCUUUCCAUCUGCAGAAACUAACCAAUACUUUCUGGUCCGCUGUUCUGUAUUCUUUGAACCAAGUUUUAAAUGGUUCGGUGAUUCUCUGGCUCCCCCCCUCUCUCUCUCUCUCUCUCUCUCUCUCUCGUUGGGAGUAACUAUAAAGUUCAACUCUGAAGCACAUGAAGAUUUAUGAUAUUGAAUGCCCGAGUACAUUAUGAGGCUCUUGCUGAGAA